AUGAGUACAACACAACCAACAUCAUCGUCAACAUCACCUAUCGUUGUGAAUACAUGGCCAUUUGUAAAUGCAACAAGAAAUGCUUUUACUAAACUAAUAACACCUGGUGCAACAUGUUUAGAUGCUGUUGAAGUCGGUUGUCGAACAUGUGAAGACGAACAGUGUGAUGGUAGUGUAGGAUGGGGAAAUCAUCCAGCUGAAGAUGGAGAAACAACACUAGAUGCUCUUAUUAUGGAUGGACGUACAAUAACUGCUGGUGCUGUUGCAAAUUUACAUCGCAUUAAAAAUGCAGUUGGUGUAGCUCGUGCUGUUUUACAAUAUUCAUCACAUUCAUUAUUAGUUGGUGAGAGUGCAACUAAAUUUGCACUUGAAAUGGGUUUCAAAGAAGAAGAUCUUCAUAGUAAUGCAUCAAUAAAUCUUUGGAAUCAAUGGAAAAAUGGAAAUUGUCAACCAAAUUUUCGACGUAAUGUACAACCAGAUCCAGCUACUAGUUGUGGCCCAUACAGACCUAAACUAGAAAAUAUUAGUAACAAGCCAAUAUGUCAUCAAUUACCAGCUCGAGAACAUGAUACAAUUGGUAUGAUUGCUUUAGAUUCAAAUGGUGAUAUGGCAGCAGGUACUUCAACAAAUGGUCUUCAAUUUAAAAUUCCAGGUCGUGUUGCUGAUUCAGCUGUAAUUGGUAGUGGUGCUUAUGUUGAUAAUGAAAUAGGUGGUGCUUGUGCUACAGGUGAUGGUGAUGUUAUGCAACGUUUUGUUCCUUCUUAUCAUGCUAUACAAUUAAUGCGACAAGGUAUUCCACCUGAAGAAGCAUGUUCAGAUGCAAUAAAACGUAUUGCUAAAUACAAUCCAACUUUUACUGGUGCUGUAUUAGCACUUCAUAAAAAUGGACAACAUGGUGCUGCUUGUCAUGGCAUGGAUACAUUUCCUUAUUCUGUUAUGCAACAAGGUUGGGUAGAUCCAAAAGUCUAUCAAAUUCCUUGUUUUAAAUCAUAA